AAGUAUUUUUGUGGACCAAAAUCGCCCUAGAAGAAGAUCUUCGCUGUGCUGCCAUUGUUGUUUUACUCUCAAUGGAGCUAUCUUCACCUCCCUCUCUUCCAACAUCUCCUUCAUCCCUUCUUCUCAAAUCUAGGGUUAGGGUUUUCCACUCAAUACCCAACCUCACGCGUUCUCCUUUCCAAGCUUCAAUCUUUUUACCCAAUCAACGCAAUCUCACUCCAAUCCACCUUCCCAGAAACGUCUCUUCUGCUGUCGUGGUGGGAGACAAUGCUUCAGCUAUGACGACUUUGCCAAUUGAUUCAGAUCCUAGAGUUGGAGAGGUUAAAAGAGUCACCAAGGAGACCAACGUAUCAGUCAAAAUAAACUUGGAUGGUUCCGGGGUUGCUGAUAGUAAUACUGGAAUUCCCUUCCUCGAUCACAUGCUUGAUCAACUGGCUUCACACGGGCUGUUUGAUGUACACGUAAAAGCCACAGGUGAUAUACACAUUGAUGAUCAUCACACAAAUGAAGACGUUGCCCUUGCUAUCGGAACAGCUUUGCUGCAGGCUCUUGGUGAUAGGAAGGGUAUUAACCGGUUUGGCAACUUCUCUGCUCCACUUGAUGAAGCACUGAUUCAUGUUUCACUGGAUUUGUCUGGUCGACCAUAUCUAGGUUAUAAUUUGGACAUACCCACUCAUAGGGUUGGAACAUACGAUACUCAGUUGGUGGAGCAUUUCUUCCAAUCAUUGGUGAACACGUCUGGUAUGACACUUCACAUUCGACAGAAUGAACAUGUAUAUGCAUUCCUCUUACCCAGCUUGCUGGAAAAAAUUCCCAUCAUAUUAUCGAGGCAACCUUUAAAGCUUUUGCUAGGGCUCUUCGACAAGCAACAGAGUAUGAUCCACGUCGCCGUGGAACCGUACCAAGUUCGAAAGGAGUUCUGUCUCGUAACUGAUAUCGUCUUCUGUUGGUGGGACUUGAUGUUUCUAUUGGCACAAGACUGGCCACUGUAGACAAUAUUGUAUGUAUAUUCAUUUUAGAAAUAAAAAUAAUUUUGAAGUGUAUUUCGCUGUACAUUUUUAAAUAAUAUUUUUACAUAAUUUUUAAUCUCCAAUCAAUAUUGU